AUGAAUAAUACUACCUCAUCAGCGCAAGAAAAGACUGUUAAAAAAAGAAACAGAGCAACCUUGGUUUGUUUAUCAUGUCGGAAAAAGAAAGUCAAAUGUGAUAAAGGAAAACCUUGUUCAAAUUGUAAUAAAUCCCAACCUGAUAAGUGUAUUUACGAUGAACGAAUACUGGAAUCAAAGAAACGAAAGAAACCGUCCAUGACAAAACCAGAACCAAAUGGUACAAAUAAUAGCGACGCCACUUCUUCUAUUCCUAAUGUGACAUCUCAAGACAAGGAACAACAGCAGCAACAACAACUAGCAAAAGAACGAGAUGUUUGUGUAUUGAUUCAGAAAUCGGAAUUACAAGAGCUACAAGCAAAACUAAAACAAUAUGAAAGUUUAGAAAAUCAUACUACUACAAGUAAUCACCAACAGUUUGACAUACCAGCUGAAUCAUCAAAUAGUAGCCAUCACCACCACUUCCACGGUAUCAAGAAUAAAAAUGAUAAUAUUGUAUUCAACAAUUCUUCAGAAACUAGAAGUAGUUUAGUUUUCACCAAACAUGACGAGACUAGACCAGGUUUCAUACCAUUAGUAAAUGUCACUUCAGAAAAACCCCAUUUCCCUGAGAAACGUAUUACUACAACUAAGGCACUUGAAUUAUCCAAACUUCCUACAGAAGAAACCAACCUAAUAGGGAUAAACCCUUAUGAUCAUCCAGAUGACGUGAUAGACUUCCAUAAACAACUCCCCAAUACGUUUGGUAAAAAUGAAAAUAGUACAAUGUCUCCCUUAUCUUGGUCGUAUGCAAUUAGAAGCAGUUCGAUAGUGAGAACUUUAAGAUAUUUUGCUUCUUUACAAUAUCAAAAGGAUGUAGAAAAACAAGUUACCUCCGAAAUAACCCAUAACAAAUUGAAAAAAUUAAUUGUUCCUGGCGAUGAAAAAAUCAAAUCGGCGUUGAAUUUGGAUAGUAGUUAUGAAUCAAGGUUUCAAGAAAAAAUCAAACAAGCACUGGAUGAUGGUUUAAAUAAACAUCAUCUGAAAACACCACCCGAAGUUAAUAUGACAACACUUGCAUUAGGAUUAAGUUUAUUGAAUGGGAAUAAAGAUCGUGAAUUGAGUUUAAUUGAACAAAUAAAAUCAGCAAUGCCAACAAAAAAAGUUAUUUGGUUAUUAAUAAAACGUUAUUUCCAAUUAAUAUAUCCCAUAAUUCCUUAUGUGGUCGAAGAUAAUUUCCGUGAAGAUGUGGAAAGAAUUGUUGGUAAAGAAUCAUAUGAAGAUGUUAAACCCGAUGUUAAAAUUGAAAAUCGAAUGAAUUUUGCUACUAUUAGUGUUUUAUUUGUUAUUUGUCGUCUACUGUUUUUAUCAUUAUUUCAUAAUAGGGGGUUUUAUAAUGAACAAAUAUUAACGAAAAAAAAUUUAACUAAAGAUGAAGCUGAAAGGAAAUUUUUGAUUUUAAAUAGUAUAAAAAUCCAUAAUAUCGAAGUGGCACAAGCUUGUUAUCAACAUUUACAAAGAUUAGGUAAAAUCACUUUACCACUUUUGCAAUGUGCUAUUUAUUUAAGAGCUUAUCGUACUUUGGCACCCGAAGAAGGUGAUGGCAUUGAUGGAGGUGAUUCUUUAGUACAGCAUAGUAGUCUUGUGUCUAUGAGUUAUCUUUUGGGAUUGAAUAGAGAUCCAGAUAAAAUCUCAUAUGUGAGUGAUGCUAAAGUGAAACAUUUGUAUCGUAAAAUUUGGUAUUAUUGUUUGAUGCAAGAAUACACUUUAGCCCACACUUAUGGAACUCCAUUAUAUAUAAGACCCGAGUCAUAUGACACCAAAAGACCAUAUUUUAGUUUAGAAGGUGCUGGUUGUCGAGAUUUAGAAGUUGAAAAAUCAUCACUCACGGUAUUUGCAUUCAUUUCAGCUUUGGUUAAAGGACCAAUUAAAGACUUGGUCGUUCUUUGUAAUAAUGUGGGACAAUUAGUUAAAGUUUCCGAAAUUACCACUGAACUCAAUUGUAUUGAAUUAGCCAUAACUGAAUUAUUAGGGAAAGUAAGUGAUUAUGUUCACAAUUUGGAAGAAGAAUCUACUAGUUAUCAUACAAAUAAAAUAAUGAAAAUUGGUAUUUUGUUCAGAAUCAAUAGUUUACUCAUGACCAUGUAUUGUAAUAUGUUUACAUAUUAUGAAAGGAAAAAUGUGAAAUUGAGUCUUUUUUAUUUUAAGAAAUUUUUUAAACUUUCAGUUCAUGAAACAUUACCAUACGUGUUUUCCUUAAUCACUAGAAGUAAAGAAUUAUUUGGUGAAGGUUCAGACUUGUAUAUCAACCCAGCAAUACUACUAUUUUUAGUUCGAACUAUGGAUGUUUGUUUUAGUUCGAUGGUGAGAAGUAAUUUUUCAUUAUACAAAAUGUCCCAUAAACCCAAUCAUCAACUGAGAUUGAGUUCUGAUCCUUCGUACAAGGAGUAUUUUGAUUCAUGCAAUAGGUUUAUGACAGUCAUGGAAAAAGUUAGUCGUCUUUGUUUAGCAGCUUGUUCAAUUUUUAGUAGCAGAUACUAUUUUGCCUGGGGGGUGGUCAAAAUGAGAGGAUAUUUUUUGAAAUUGAUUACUACACCGAAAUUUUAUAAAGUUGAGAUCGAAGGAGAUUAUGUCCCCAUUGCUACAGAGGCUAAACAAAUCAAUGAAUUAUCAGAAUUGAUUGAACUGGGAUUAAUGCAUUUAGAAUCACAAGUAACUAAAUAUUGUGAUGACAUUGAUUUCACAACAUUCCUCAAGAAAAUUGCCUCAAAUAAGAAACUUUCCAAACUGAAGCAAAGAAAACAACAGAAAAAAGUAAACCCUCAACCACAACAGAAUAUCCCACCUCAUACUCCACCAGUUUAUCAAACUCACGAACAUCCUCAUUCAAAUAAAUUGAGUCCCUCUGGUGUCAGUACCACAGAAGAUUCUCAUACUCCCAACAGCAUGGAUUCUAAUAACAAUAGUGGAGUAUAUUCAACAGAAUUUGAAGAUUUGAAAUUUGUCAAUAGUGCAGAAAUUGAUUCGAUUUGGUUACAAAUGAUGAAUCUGAAAAGUCACAAUCAAAAUGAUGGGUUCAAUUAUAAUCCUACCAAUAGUAGUAAUGCACCUUAUCAUCCAAACUAUAAUAAUGGUGGAGAUAAUAACAGAGCGUUUUACCCCAAUCCAAACACAAUCAAUGAUGCGUUUGGAUAUCCUUUGCCUAAUCAAUUUUUUGAACAAAAUUUCACCAAUUUUGCAAAUUUUAAUCCAAACGCUGACAAUAAUGAGGCGGCGAUGUUCUUUGACAUGUUUGAUAAUGUGCCUCUAGACAAAUUCUUUAAUCAAUAA